UCGUAUGUAACCAAUGGAGCAACCGCCCCUCCACCGAAAAUAUGCUUGGCCAGAAUGUGCGGACAGGAUGCGUCCCAACAGGCCAAUCUGGCUGCCGCCUCCGGUGCCCUUGGUCCCAGCCGCGCAGAGACCCCUUUCUCAGCAGGAUUGGUUCCACGGACCCCUCCCCAGGCAAAAGACCCAGGCCCUGCUGUCCCAAGAAGGGGAUUUCCUGGUGAGGGAGAGCCAAGGCCAGCCGGGAGGAUUCGUCCUGUCAGUGAUGGCCAGAGGGCAGUGCAAGCAUUUUAUCAUCCAGUGUUCCAAGGGCAGGUACCAGCUUGAACCGUACGGGUCAAAUUUCUCUAGCAUCCCCCAGUUGAUUAAUCACCACCUACAAAGACGCCAGGGGCUGACGGGGAGAAGCCCGGUUCUCCUGCGGAAUCCGGUCGUACGGGCGAAGUGGGACCUCAACUACAACGAUGUGAUUUUGGGCGAGUUUCUGGGAAGCGGUAAUUUUGGAGAGGUAUACAGCGGCCGCCUAGCCUACGACAACACGCCCGUGGCUGUGAAGACCUGCCGGGGUUGUCUUGAUCCAGAGACCAAGGAGAAAUUUCUGAUGGAGGCCAGGAUUCUGAGGCAGUGCUGCCACCCAAACAUCGUCCGUAUCAUUGGCGUCUGUGCACGGAAGCAGCCCGUCUUCAUCGUCAUGGAGCUGGUGACCGGUGGAGAUUUAUUGUCCUUCCUGCGUGUGGAAGGGAGACGGCUCUGGACGCAGGAUCUCCUCCGCUUCGCAGCCCAGGCCGCGGCAGGCAUGGCUUAUCUGGAGAGCAACCGCUGCAUCCACAGGGAUUUGGCCGCCCGGAACUGUCUGGUGGGGGAAGGCAACGUCCUCAAGAUCAGCGACUUUGGGAUCUACCAGCAUCAGGCGGACAGCGGUGUCUACUCUUCCAGGGAAGGCCUGAAGCAUAUCCCCAUCAAGUGGACAGCUCCCGAGGCCUUGAAAUACGGCCGCUAUUCAACUGAGAGUGAUGUCUGGAGCUAUGGAGUUCUGCUGUGGGAGAUCUUCAGCUUGGGGGGCACGCCCUACCGUGGGCUGUCGAAUCAGCAGGUGGUCAGCCAGGUGGAAAGAGGCUUCCGCAUGCGGGCCCCCCAGCACUGCCCCAUGGAUGUCUACGACGUGAUGCUGAGAUGCUGGGACCGCACCCCCCGUCUCCGUCCGAGGUUCUCCGCCAUCCACAGGGAGAUGAUGCAGCUCUCCUGGGACUCUGAAUGACCGUGGAGGUGGGGACCCUAACCUGAGCCCUGAUAAAUCUCUCUAAAACUGCCCGUGCGUCCUUUUCCUUGUCGAUCAACGUAUCUUGUCUGUCUCGGGGAUACAAACUUUUGCCGCUCUUUGGGGCCAGCCCAUGAUACUUUGCUGGUGUGGAAGGGAGAAAUGAGGCUUGCUUUAAUUUUUAUAAAAUUUUAAAUUUAAAUUUUAUAAAAAUUUAAUUUUUAUUUUAAUGCUUUAAUUUUUUUUUAAGUAUACAUGUCCAUCUGUCUGAGAAGAAAGGAAACUAGACGUGGGCUCUGUGUGUGUGUGUGUGUGUGUGUGUGGCCAUGUGGCCAAAGGAAAUUGUGGUAUUUUUCAAGCAGUGUGAAAUGUG